AUGUGUAGCUUUGUAGUGCUGCCCCCCGGCUCCACCGUCCGCGGAUUAACCUUCUCCCGUUCGUGCCUUCCUUGCUGCACCCGGCUCAUACGUGUUUCGUUUUUGUUAGUUUCACUGUUGUCAGCUCUUCAAAAUUCACGAACAGUAGGUAUGUCGCAAUUAUGGGUAAAGCGCGCAAAGGCUGAGGUAUCGCGUCAUUCACGUCUCCUUGAGACGGUGAAUCGUGUUUUCCCCAUGCCGUUUGAGGAACGUAGGUCACGGGUGGGUAUGGUCACUUAUGGGACCUACCGCUGGCUUCGCUUUUUCCCCCUUCUAUUGGUUCCUAUUGUGAUUGUGGGAGCCAUCCUAGAAUCGCGUGACAUACCACAGGAACAUGUCUUCACAUCCCUCCACUUGUGGCUGGCGGACCACGGCGUGUUCCGCCACGAUACGGUGAAGGCGCUUAACCCCGCAUUUGAGGAUGAGCGGCGCUCCAUUGAAUGGAAGGCCAACGACAGAAGGUGGCGGUUUACCGGACUUGAUAUGCCCUCCAUGAGGGAGCUGCGGGAAUUCACCGCAAUCAAUAUCGACAGGAGAGAUUCAUAUUGA